GUGGAGUGGAGGCCGAUGGAGGACCCCCAGUCUUACCCGGAAGAAAUUGGGCCAAAACAUUGGCCAAGCUCCCGAUUCACUCACGUGAUGAAACUCCGACAGGCUGCCCUGCGCGCUGCACGAGAGAAGUGGUCGGACUACAUCCUGUUUAUUGAUGCAGAUAAUUUACUGACCAACCCACAAACCCUGAACCUGAUGAUUGCAGAAAACAAGACAUUGGUGGCACCAAUGCUCGAGUCUCGCUCUCUCUACUCUAACUUCUGGUGUGGCAUCACCCCCCAGGGCUAUUACCGAAGGACCUUGGAUUAUCCCCUGAUUCGGGAAUGGAAAAGGACAGGCUGUUUUGCUGUCCCCAUGAUUCAUUCCACGUUCCUCAUUGACUUGAGGAAAGAGGCCUCCACCAAGCUGACGUUCUACCCCCCACACCAGGACUACACCUGGAGCUUUGAUGAUAUCAUGGUCUUUGCCUUCUCCAGUCGCCAAGCAGGAGUACAGAUGUUCAUCUGCAACCGCGAACACUAUGGUUUCCUUCCCAUGCCCCUGAAAUCGCACCAGACGCUGCAAGAAGAAACUGAGAACUUUGUGCACACGCUAAUCGAGGCUAUGAUCGAUCGUCCUCCCGUUGAACCCUCUCAGUAUGUCUCUGUUCCUCUGAAGCACCCUGACAAGAUGGGAUUUGAUGAAAUUUUCAUGAUCAAUCUGAAGCGUCGGAAAGACAGGCGGGAUCGGAUGCUGCGGACUCUCUAUGAGCAGGAGAUUGCAGUCAAGAUAGUGGAGGCUGUGGAUGGAAAAGCACUGAACACGAGUCAGCUCAAAGCUCUCAGCAUCGACAUGCUCCCGGGUUACCGGGACCCAUACUCCUCCCGGCCGCUGACCAGAGGAGAGAUCGGCUGCUUCCUUAGUCACUAUUACAUCUGGAAGGAGGUGGUGAACAGAGAACUGGAGAAGACGCUUGUUAUCGAGGACGAUGUGCGCUUUGAACACCAGUUUAAAAGGAAGCUCAUGAAGCUGAUGGAUGAUGUUGAACAAGCCCAGCUAGACUGGGAGCUUAUCUACAUUGGCCGGAAAAGGAUGCAGGUGCAGGAGCCUGAGAAAGCAGUUCCCAAUGUCAUGAACCUGGUGGAAGCUGACUACUCGUACUGGACCCUGGGGUACGCAAUCUCUUUCCAAGGGGCUCAGAAACUCAUCGGAGCUGAGCCUUUCAGCAAGAUGUUGCCUGUAGAUGAAUUUCUGCCAGUCAUGUACAACAAGCACCCUGUAGCGAAGUACAUGGAGUACUAUGAGUCCAGAGACUUGAAAGCCUUUUCAGCAGAACCCCUGCUUGUUUACCCCACCCACUACACGGGGCAGCCAGGCUACCUCAGCGACACAGAGACCUCCACAAUCUGGGACAACGAGACCGUGUCAACGGACUGGGACAGAACGCACUCCUGGAAAUCCCGGCAGCAGGGCAAGAUCCAUAGCGACGCCCAGAACAAGGAUGCCCUGCCUUCCCAGUCAUCUCUCAACGCGCCGUCCUCCAGGGAUGAACUAUGACUGCCCGCUUCCCCUGGGACUCUGUUGACAGCUGAACCUGCCUCACACUUUAGCUUUUCACCCUUGAAAGUUGUAGAGCAGCUCUUCAUGUGGUCUCCUUCCCACUGCUUCGAAUGGCAAAGCACAGCGGUCGGACCUGGCAGCUAACCAAGCCGCUUAGGACUGGGUGGGAGAUGAAGGAGGAGAAAGGACAAGUGUUCCAGACUGGCAGAAAAAAGGCAGAGAUCUGACCAAAAGCCCUCGCAAGCUUUUGUAAAAAACCAACCUUGAACGACGUCUUUCUACAGUUC